UUACACAAUCUCAUACACAACUCAAAUCUAAUAAGUAACACCUCUAAACAAAGCAGAAAUGAGAAAUAGUGAGGGUCAAGAAACACAUGUUCUAUUGGUAGCACUACCAUUUCAAGGUCAUCUUAAUCCAAUGCUCAAAUUCGCCAAACAUCUCUCACGACCGAACCUCCGCUUCACUCUCGCCACCACCGAGAAAACCCGUGACCUUCUCUUCACCGCUGCCACCACCGCAGACGAAGAACAUCACCGUAGCCUAGUGGACCUUGCUUUCUUCUCCGACGGUCUGCCUAAAGACCACACAAGAGCCGCAGAUUCUCUCAUACCAUCGUUGAGAAAAGUCGGAGCCAAGAACUUGUCGAAAAUUGUCGAAUCAAAGAGAUUCUCUUGCAUCGUCACUGUGCCUUUUGCUCCAUGGGUUCCAGGUGUUGCAGCUGCAUAUAACAUCCCUUGUGCAAUCCUCUGGAUCGAAGCUUGUGGAGCUUUCUCGGUUUAUUACCGUUACUACAUGAAGACGAAUGCUUUCCCUGAGAAUCUCGAAGAUUUGAAUCAAACGGUUGAAUUGCCAGGUUUACCAUUGUUGGAAGUUGGAGAUCUCCCUUCGUUUCUCUUGCCUUCUUCAGGAAGUCAUUUCAAUAGCCUAAUGGUGGAGUUCGUCGAUUGCUUGAAAGAUGUGAAAUGGGUUUUGGUUAAUUCGUUCUACGAGCUCGAAUCAGAGAUAAUCGAAUCGAUGUCUGAUUUAAAACCCAUGAUCCCAAUUGGUCCUUUGGUUUCUCCAUUUCUGUUGGGAGCUGAUGAAGAAGACAAAACCCUAGGUGGUAAAAAUCUUGAUAUGUGGAAAUCGGAUGAGUAUUGCAUGGAGUGGCUUGACAAGCAAGGUAGGUCUUCUGUUGUUUACAUAUCUUUCGGAAGUUUGCUCAAAUCGUCGGAGAAUCAAGUCGAGAGCAUAGCAACGGCUCUGAGAAACAGAGGAGUUUCGUUUCUCUGGGUGAUUAGGCCAAAGGAGAAAGGCGAAAACGUCGGCGUUUUGCAGGAGAUGGUCAAAGAAGGUCAAGGUAUUGUGAUUGACUGGGGUCCACAAGAGAGGAUACUGAGCCACGUGGCGAUCUCUUGCUUCGUCACGCAUUGUGGAUGGAACUCGACGAUCGAGACGGUGGUGACUGGUGUUCCGGUGGUGGCGUACCCGAGCUGGAUUGAUCAGCCGCUUGACGCGAGAUUGCUUGUGGAUGUGUUCGGAAUCGGAGUGAGGAUGAGGAACAACGCCGUCGACGGAGAGCUUAAGGUUGAAGAGGUGGAGAGAUGUAUUGAGGCCGUCACGGAAGGAUCCGCCGCCGCGGAUAUGAGGAGGAGACCGACGGAGCUGAAGCACGCGGCGAGAUCGGCGUUGGCGCCUGGUGGAUCAUCGGCUCGGAAUCUGGACUCGUUCAUCGCCGACAUCACAAUCAGCUGACUCGUUACUUAAUAAUUAUCUUUAAACCAGCAGUAACCGGGUUUCAAUUCAAAAAAUA